UGUUAUCAAAACGCUUUUCCCGUAUGGCAGUAUGUUGUACUUAUAACAAUAUUAUUAAGUACCUAUUAAAUAUUUUAAAUGGAACUUUAAAUUAAAUCAAAUUUCGUGUUAUUAUAGUUGUUCGAGUUCUGUCUCCGUGCGUGUACGCCGCAAAUAACAUAAAGCAAUACUUAAGUACAUAUAACUAUACCGGCGACGCUUAGGUCUUCGUUCUCCUAUUAUCUGACACCCGUGUCAUAACAUGAACUUCGAACCGGACUUGAAGCAGUACACCAUGUGCUCGGUGUUGGGCUCCUGUUUCUCGGAUCGGGCAGUUGUGUUCCUGGGAAAGCACAACAAGAGCGGCAACCUGGUGGCAAUGAAGAACUUCAAUUUGGACAGCAUGUCGAAAACUGACUGCCAGCUCAUACAGGACGAGAUCUACAACACUAGGCAACUAAUGCACCCGAACCUCAUACCGUAUGUGACUUCCUUUUUGGACAAAAGUCAGCUGUAUGUUGUGUUUCCGCUCAUGGGGUAUGGUUCGUGCAGAGACUUGUUGCGCAACCAUUUCGUGGAAGGAUUGCCGGAAACAGUUAUAGCAUUUGUGCUCAAGGACGUUCUGCAGGGACUUGAGUACAUACACAAUAAAGGGCUCGUACAUAGGGCUAUAAAGGCAGGUCAUAUAUUGAUACGCGCGGAUGGACAUGCAAGUUUAUCGGGCUUGCGUAGCAUGUGUCCAAUUGAUAAACGAUCAAAUUUACAUUCCUUGCCACUGCAAUCAGCUAACAACUUGAAUUGGUCUAGUCCAGAGAUGCUCGAACAAAAUUUGCUUGGGUACAACGAAAAGUCUGACAUUUACAGUAUAGGCAUAACAUCAUGUGAACUGGCAAAUGGUUUCGUUCCUUUUGCUGAAACAGAUACCACGUUUAUGCUAACGCAAAAAGUUAAAGGUCUAAUUCCACACUUGUUAGACUGCACUACAUGCUAUCCAUAUGAAGAUAAUGCAGCUGAUAAUGGAUACCAAUCCGAAGAAACAAUUGGGGUGAAUGCAACACCUGUGAGCAAUGUUUAUACAAGGAUGUUUACGGAGGAGUUUCACAAUCUUGUUGAAUUGUGCUGUCAACGAGAUCCAGAAAGUAGACCUUCUGCGUCCAAUUUGUUGGCUCAUACUUUUACUAAACAAGUGAAACGAGUGAAUGUAAAAGUAACUGAUUUGUUACGACCGGCUGUACCACUGUUGAAGACAAAUGUAGCAGAAAUAAGUGAUGAUCUUGCUUCUAUUGGAGGCAUGUCACAACAAUUAAGUGAUCUUGACCUGUUGACAUAUGCAUGGGAUUUUGACCUUAAUGACAUAGUACCAACACUAUAAAUGCCUAUUACCAGUAUUAGUAUUAGUUAGCGAGUGUUCAUCCCUAUUAUAU